AUGCGGUGCCUGGCGGUGUCCAUCACUCAGGCGGCCUCCGUGUCCAAGUGUAACUUCAGCAGCAACGCCUCGGUGCUCGCCACAUUACUCAUCACAGACUCGGCCUCCAUCACCUUCAUCAGUAUCAAAGGUAUCUCCAAUCGCAGUGUGCUGGCAAAGCUUAUAGAAGAUGUAAGCGGUUUCUGCUACCUCUUCUCUACCUCGCUUGCCAACUUCAAUACGUCAAACAGCUCGUGCCCAGUGGGCAGCGUGCUCGACUUCCCGUCCUUUGCUACUCGAACACACGGCAUGCUCUUCUCCGGCGUGUUCUGCUUAGCCAGUUUGGCGAGCAGUUUCAGCGCAGUUCAGGCGAGCGCAAUGACGCUCUUCACCGACGCAAAGAUCGAACGGUACACGUCUUACUUGGAGGCAUCUAGCGCAUGCGUGUGCCGGAAUCGGUGCUUCGUGGACACGCGGUGCCUGGCGGUGUCCAUCACUCAGGCGGCCUCCGUGUCCAAGUGUUACUUCAGCAGCAGCGCCUCGGUGUUGACAACCCUCCUCAUCACGGACUCGGCCUUCAUCACUUUCAUGAAGAACAAAGUGUGCAAGCCUGGCUUCGAAGAGGUGGGCGGCUUCUGCUACUUCUUCUCUUCCGUGACGGCCAACUUCGAUAAGGCGAAAAGCUCGUGCCCGACGGGCAGCGUGCUCGCCUUCCCGUCCUCUGCUACUCAGAUGAACGAUCUUGUGGACUACAUCAAGAAAAACAAGGCGGAUGUGGAAAACUGGUGGGUCGACGCGACACUGCGACUCAGCGACAUGAAGUUCUACUGGCCCGAUGGAAUAGAGAUUGUGUCAUCUGAAAUCAGUAACAGGCAGAGUGAUCCCUACGCGCGACUGCAGAGGAGCGAAGACUACUUGCCCAGUGACACUAAUCGUGACAAACCCUACAACUUCAUCUGCCAGUAUCGCAAGUGAAGAGUAGGUGGCGAAAAAACUAUUCAACUCAUUCGAUUAGAAAAUAGGCACAUCGAAUCAAGUGUGCUAGCUAAUAAUUGGUUAAAUUAAGAUUUAGUAACUGUUAACUCUCGCACUAAUCGAAAUUUGGGAAUGAAAAUCACAUAAAUCUUGUUUGUUAUUUUUCCAUAGUAGGAGACGAAGAUGAAAAUUUAUUUAAGUUGGGAUUCAACGUAAGCGAGCUGUUUCUGUUUCUUUCACUAUGAAAAUGUUAUAAGAGGAAUCAUGGCAGUGAAUUACUUACGAUAAAAAUGCGAACAAAGGAGUAAGUAAUAGUGAAUCAAUGCCCAUUUUGAUGCGAAUACACGUCAGAUGAAAGUAUACUCAGUAAUGCGUUUCAAUAGUAUAAACAACUUCAAGAAUAGCAAUAAGUCCCCCUUCAUUAUUAUAUGAACGAAUAAGUGAAAAUUAUAUUCACACGAAAUUUCUUUGGUGCAUC